UACUUUUCUUUUUAUUUAUCUUUAGCUCAUCAAUAAUAUAAUUUUAUUUUUAUAAAGAAGUAGUCCUAGUUUAUGUUUUGCUAAAUUUUAGCGGGGCACAUUUUGGCUGCAUAAGCUGCCCCAAUUUGGAGCUAUCGCCAUUGACGAAGCAUCAUCAGACUACACCGGAGCUCCAUCAACUUUUACCCAAUUGCAACUGAAGGUUGUAUUCCAGGAAAAUCAUGGUGGGAGUAGACCGACUCAGCGAUUUGCCCGAGCCAAUUCUAAUUCACAUCCUCUCUAUGUUGGGGGAAGGAAAAGAAGUUGUGAGAAGCGGCGUAUUGUCUACGCGAUGGAGGUUUCUUUGGAUGUCCGUUCCGGUAUCACUCUACUACCAUCUCCCUGUUGACCAAGGCGAAAAUGAAGUUCAUGAUUUCGUGACUUCCAUCAACAGGGAGCUUCAUUAUUGGAGGUCUUGCCAGAAAAUCCGAAGAUUCAGCGUCUUUUUCGAUAUUCGCGAGGAGAAAUUUGUUAGUGAUGUCGAUUUAUGGGUAUAUUUUGCAACUAAACUUGCUAAUGUUGAAGAUUUUACACUUGGACUUUUCUUUAUGAAUGACCAAAUAUAUGAGUUUCCUCAGUUUGCAUAUAAGAAUACGUCCUUGAGAAAUUUGUUUUUAUGGUUCUGCCAACUGAAUCCUUCCGGUAGUGUGAACUGGAGUAGUCUCGUUUCCCUUUCAAUUAUGUAUCCGAAGAAUACAACGGAGGGUGUCAUGGAAAAGGUAUUAGCUGGUUGUCCUAACUUGGAGUGCUUGAGAUUGCACUAUUUAAGGGGAAUUCAUCAUCUGGAAAUCAGCAAUGUGAAGUUGAGAGAAUUGAUAAUAAUGGACUAUAAAACUGAUGAAAGUGACAUUUGGCUUGAAAUAGUAGCCCCAUAUAUUCAGAAUUUGCAACUUAUGGGGUCGUGUAGUGAGAUACGCUUGAGAAAUGUGGCUUCACUUGUCUCUGCAGUGCUUAGCUUAGAUUUUGAUUUUGGAGAUGGGGACGAAUGGCAGAAGGAGUCUAGCUGUUUGAAGCAACUUCUUCACAGCGUUGCCCGUGUCGAGAAUCUAAAAUUAGGUCCCUGGUGCAUCGAGUGCCUGUCCAUACUGGAACUGAAAGGAUGGCAGCUUCCACCAUCAAGCAGGAAAUCCUUACAACUUAACAGAAGCUUCGAACAAUUGGACUUGCCUGGAAUUUGCAGAUUUCUACAGAGUUCAUCAAAUAUUGAGACAUUGGUGAUUGAUGGGUUCAGUCACGACACAAGAGACCUGCUAUCAAAGUACACAAAUGAGGAUGAACAAAGAAGGAGGUUUGAGACACAUAAUUAUAACUGCUCAUUGCUACAUUUGAAGACCAUCAAGUUCAUUAACUUUUUGGGACCACUAAGGAAAAAUAAGGCAGUACUGUCAUCAGUAAAAUAUUUGCUCAAGCAUGCAACCGUACUAGAAAAGUUCGUCAUUGCUGGCAGAUACAAAGGGGCUGCUGCGUCUCUGGAUUUUGUUAAAAUGGAACUGGAGUUCCCAAGAUUUCCGAGAUCCUCCCCACACGCUUCAUUUAUCUUUUCUUAUUGCUAAUCUUGGCCCCUAACGUUUGUAUUGAUUGCAACAUACUUAACAUCUGUUACUUUAUGUUUGAAACUUGUUAUUAGCUUAUAUAUAAGGUUAGGAUUGUACUUGCUAGCAUCCAAGGGGUUGUUAGUAGUUCUUCAUUUCUAAAGUUACAAUUUAUUUCUCUGAUCAUCAUCAAGGAGUAUUGCUCUAUA